AGCGGCUUUUGUAGAGGUAAGUGAUAGAGCUUUAUAGUCUGCCCUUUUAAAGCAAGUAGUAAAGCAAGACUGCGGUAUUGCCAGACAAACCUAGCAGAGAGAAGCUGCUGACCGCAUAGCACUACAAUACCUUGAGGAUAAUAAAGAUGGAUAGAUCGAAAAUAAAAGUUGACAGAAUGAUGACAAAGAUGGACAGGGCAGCAAAUGGAUCCCCUGAAACGUGGAAACCCUGGACAGAAAACAAAAGCCGAGACCAGUUUGCAAAUCGUGAGUGUCCAGAGUUCCCGUCCUUCGGGUCUGAGUGCUGUAGCCUUGUUGGCAUGCUCUGCGUAUUGUUCUGCUGUGGACCGUGUCAGAAUUCUUUGCCAUGGACGUUACGUGUUGUCCCUUUUUGCGCUUGCGUACUUUUCCUUGCCGUCCUAGUUGUAUCUGUGAUACAGUAUGGUUACUAUCGAGAUCGGAAUUUCCACCUCUCACCGACUGACAUUCUUCGUGUUGUCGACAAUCGGUCAGCUGCCUUCUGCAGUGAGUUUGACCUGGACUCUACGAGCCGAUUUACGGCAUACUUGUUCGACCAACAACCUGUUGUAAACCAGGACGUCAAGACUCGCCACAUGUGGACAGAAACUGUCUUUGUACAAAAUAACAAGCCUGUCGAGAAAAGUCUCUUACUGUUGAAAGGUUCUGUGAUGAAACUGAAAAUCUGUCCCGACUACAAUCUCAACUUUUGUGCUAUCGAAGGCGAGAAGGCGUUUCAGAGCUGGACUAAACACAAGUCACCAUCAAACUGUUUUCAGAGCGGGAAGAUCAAUCGCGAAAAAUGUCGGUCGGUUGAAAUGAAAUCAAAAAACUCAGGACACAUUUACUUCAUCUUUACUGCAACAAAAUCUGCAACGUGGGUUGAUCUGACCUUUACUCUAAACAGGACCAACUAUGACGUCAAGAAAGCUGUAGAAUUCUGUGACGUCACACAGCAUUGCCAGUUUUCUAUACCGUUUCACUCGCGGAGCACUGUUGUUGUAUCAAGUUUUAUAAAUGGGGGAGCGGAUACUGUCCUAAAAACUCAUUGUAGUCCAGGAAUCAUGUUUUACGUUUUCAUUUUUGUGAUUCCAGUGGUUGCCUGUCUUGUUUUAGGUAUGGUUUUUGUCUAUGUUGUCAGACAAGAUGUUAACAGAAAGUUGGAUUUAGACAGAAGAUUGAAUUCCGUCGCCCGUCGCCCUGCAGAUAGUCAUCUUAAAGUCAGCCUGCUGAAGUCCAACCUUAUCCACUACCACACUUUUCAUAAAAAUUCAGAAAUACCAAAAUGCUUAGCCUCACCGAAAAAUUCUAACACAUUUGGCAGUUCUUAAGAGGUUUAGUUUGUUAACUUUUAGGCUUGUAUACAGGAUGUAUCUAAAUGUUUUAGUCUUUCAGACUGGAACAAAUUGUUUUGUACUUUGUAUUUCCUUGGGAAAUUAGUGCUUAAAAUAAAAUAUAAAGAAAUUAAAAUAAACAUCAUGGGAAAAUACACUGAAAAUUAUAUACAUUUUUAAAAAAAUUUUCCUGAUUGAAGUGAAUGCAGUUAAAUGCUUGAAUGCUGGAGUGAGGUUUUUAUGGGCCACAGACCUAUUGAUAUAGUCGUAUGCUAGCAGUGUAAAUAAGACCAUUCCAAUAUUGAACAUUCCGUUAUGUAGGCCUACAGCAAAGCCUUGUCGUCCUAAAAUAUAGCAGCAUCAUUAGUUUCAACAUUAAGCGUUGCAGACCUCCAAUGCUUUUUAUAUUCUGUAUGCUUUCCCUUCACUCGAGAAAAAAAACCCUUCAGAAAUAGAUCAGAAAUUGAUAAAGAGACCGAGUGGAAAUGAGUUGACAUGGUUACUCGCAGACCCUGUAUUUACACUACCGCAUAAUAUCUUUUGUUAUAUUGUUAUAGUCACUUAUAAGGGACUUCAGCAGGACUUAAUAAGGAAGUAUUUUGUUUCCCUGCUUAAACGGGUUUUUCAGGUUUAGUCUUGGGUUUGAUUUAUGUUUAUCUUUUGCAAGAAUUGCUACGAAUGAUUUAUGAUGACUUAUUAUGUUGAUGAUUUAUUAUGUUUGUUUGAAAAAUGAUUUAUCUAGGUAAUGUCAGUUUUGAAUUGUGAGUUGAAUCUUACUCGUCAGUUAAAUAUGUAACCUUGUGAUGAUUUUUUAAUGUGCUUUAACAGUGUAUCAGGAAGUUGUCAUUGUAUCUGAUAAAUAUGACGAAUUAUGUACUGUGUUUGGAGUUUUAGUAAGUCAACUUUCAUGCUGUCAUAUGUAAAUGAUGAUUUAUGUUCGUGUUAAUCAGUAAAUACAUCGUUUUUACACCUGUUACAUGUGAUGAUUUAUGCAGUGUGGUAGUGUGUAAAUAAGCCACCAUCAUACUUGCUACACAUGAUGGUUUAUGUACUGUUUUAUUGUAUCAAUAAUGUAUAAUCAUGUGCGUUACAUGUCUGAUGACAUUUGCACUGUGUUAGUGUGUAAAUCGCCAUCAUACCUGUUACAUAUGAUGGUUUAUUUACUUUGUUAUUGUAUCGAUAAUAUAUGAUCAUGCCUGUUACAUAUGAUGACUUUUGUACAGUGUGUGUUUUAGGGUGCAAAUAAAUCGCCAUCAUACCUCUAACAUAUAUCAUGAUUUAUGCACUGUGCUGUAGUAUCAGUUAUGCGUGAUCAUGUCUGUUACAUAUGAUGAUUUAUGUACAGGGUUAUUGUAUCAAUAAUGUAUGAUCAUGCCUGUUACAUGUGAUGACAUUUGCACUGUGUUAGUGUGUAAAUAAAUCGCCAUCAUACCUGCUACAUAUGAUGAUUUAUGCACCGUGCUAUGAUAUCAGUAAUGCAUGAUCAUGUCUGUUACAUGUGGUUACUUUUGUACCGUGGUAGUGAGCAAAUAAGACGUAAUCAUACAUAUGAUGAUAUAUACACUGUGAUAGUGUACAAAUAAUGUGUGAUCAUGCCAGUUAAUUGUGAUUUUUUUGUACUGUGUUAGUGUGUAAAAAUAUCGUCAUCUUGCCUGUUACACAUGGGGAUUUAUGUUUUGUGUUAUUGUGUCAAUAGUGCGUGAGCAUUCUUGUUACUUAUGAUGACUUUUGUAUUGCGUUGUUAUUGUGUAAAUAAAUUGCCGUCAUAUACCUGU